UUCCUUUGUUAUUGAUUGACACUUAUCUUAUGACUACGAGUCCAAAUAAUAUCAGGUUUCAACUUCAAGUAUGACAGUAUUGAUAUCUACAUAUAUGUAUAUAGAUAGAGAUAACUGGGUUAAUAAUUAUACCGUGUAAGGAUUCAUUCGACUGUGGCGUUUAAGUGAGUUCAGUUGUAAAAUUUGUGGUAGCAAUUCAUCGCUCGUCUGUAACGGAAAUUUGCAUUAUUUCUCGUGGGAAAAGAUGUUCAGAUCCUUCCUGUUUCCGCUCUGCUUUUCAUUGCUGGUGUUGGUGAUCAAGUCGUCAGCUAAUAAACACAUUGGCGAUUUAAAAGAGUGCUGCAAACAAGCCUAUCCAAAAGACGACAUACACUACGAUUACGAUAACAAUUUUGAAAACGGUAUAAUAUUUCCCUGGAUUGAGCAGUCGGAGUCUGGUGUCAAGUGGAGAGUCGAGAACACAACUUCGCUCUGGGAGCCUGGGAAUGUCGCUCCUACACCGGUCAACGGAUCGACUUAUCUCCGAGUUGAUCGUGGAUCGACUUUGUCGUUCGGUGUGGCUGUUCUGCGCAGUCAGACCUUCACGCUAAGGACGGAUGAAGUUGCCACUUUCUCCUUUGACUUUUGGAUUCGUUCCAAAUGGCCGCAAUUCACGAAUCUCGAGUUGUAUCUGGCCAAAAAUGGAAAUGAAGGUUUGUGUUUAAAUUUGUACGAGUAUUCCCAUAUCAACAAUCGAGUUUGGGAGAGCAAGGAGAUAUCCUUAGACGGCAGAGACAGCACGUACAAUUCGAAUUUGUCGCUGGUGUUUUAUGCUUACUGCGGCACUGACAUCGAAGAUGCUGUCGCUGUCGACAAUCUCAAGUUUCAAUCCUUUGAACCGUCAACCGACCCGCCAACCGAGGCACCGACCGAGGCACCGACCGAGACUACACCAACAACCACAACCGAGGCAACAACCACAACCACUACUACACCAACAACCACCGAUCCUGAAACAACCGACGCACCAACCGACGCUCCAACCGAGGCACCAAUCAACGAACUGGCAAACGAAAUAUUAUGGAAAGCGAAGUUGGACGAAGUUGGAACAUUCGAGGUAAAUUCUGACGCCAGCAAUAAAUUUAAUUCUGUUGCAUCUAAAUUAAAUCCUGUCGCAUAACAAAUAAUUAGUGAAGCAUUUGUUUUUACUUACAAAUAUUUUUUAACCUCUGUAAUUUCUCUUAUGGAUUUAGUUAAUUUGGGAGGAAACAAUUAUUAUACGUCGCUAUACAUGAUUAUGAUGAGCUUAAAAUUACAACAUAAAUUUCUUUAAAAUUUAAUCCCACUUAUCAUUGCACAAAAUAAGAAAUAACUUUACUUGAUGAA